AUGCAGCAACCUCAAUUUCCUAGAUCUGAUGACCGUUAUACGAAAUCCAAUCGUGGGAGUACGAAUUUAGCAUCAUGUAUAGUGGCGACUGUUUUUUUGCUGUCAAUUGUCGCAGGCGCAGUCGCGGUUUACUUCUUCCUGUUCAAGCCCAAACCACCGAAAAUCGCCGUCGACGCCGUGCAGUUCCCGGCAUUCUCCGUCACGAACGGGACCGUCAAUUUCGAAUUCUUCCAGUACGUGACGGUGACCAACCCCAACCGCGACGAGUUUUCUCACUAUGACAGCUCUUUGCAGCUCGUCUACUCCGGGGAGCCGAUGGGUCUCGUGUUCAUUCCCGCCGGAAGGAUCGGUGGCGGUGGCAGUCAGAAAAUGUCCGCCAAAUUUGAUGUCCAAAAGUACCCCCUCCCAACUCCGGCCAAAGCGGCGCUGAGCGGUGGUGAUGGCGGAUUAGGGUUCGACAACAGUAAUAAUUUCAACAAUGCUGGAAUGAUGGCCGGGGACACAAUGGAGAUUGAGACUCGGAUGAAGUUAGUAGGGAGGGUCAGGGUUUUGAAGGUAUUCACACACAAAGUGGAUAGUGGAGUUAGGUGUGGUGUGAUAAUUGAGGUUACUCGAGGUACCGUAUUAGGCUUCCAUUGCUGA